UCCCCCCCAAACUAUAAGGGGUGUCGCGCGUUCGUUUAGCGCGCUCGUUUUUUCCGCGCAUCCCGGAUGAGCUGUAUUAUCUUUCAAAUUAAUUCAUAACGCAUGCCGCGAGGAGACAUGAUACAGUUUUGCGCGGCCGUGCGGACAUCCCGGAGGAGGUGGUGAAGAGGGUAAACCACUCCAACUCGAGCGCGCGGCCAGUUGAUGUAUUAUUGUGUCCGAUCCUAUAAUACGCGGACCCGGCUCGCGUCGAGCCUGCAUCAGCGUUUCCAGCCCGGCCUGCUUCGCGUUGUUAUUACUUUUAUUAUCGUCAUCACCGAGCAAGCAGGAUUUUGUUCAAAAAUGUCGACACCUAAGCCAAUUCUGAACGCGGAGGGUCUUACCCUAACGAACAAGAAGAUUGCCGAGCUGAAGAAAAAAGUUCAACUAGCGGAGGGUCAAAAGAAAGCUUACACCGAAGAAUGGGCGGAUACUAAGAAAGCUCAGAACGAGAAAAUCUCGGAGCUCAAGAAGGAAGUACGCGAGCUGACCAAUAAACUGUCCUACUUGCACAAUCCAAACAGCGCAAAGGCACAGCGGAAUGUUCAGGAAAUUAAACGACGGGUGCAGUUGCCACCCGGCGCGAAAACCGUUCAAGAUGGGCUGAACAUCGUGGACUUGAAGAUUAUCGAUCUAAAUAAACAGGCGGAUGCAACCGAGGCAAAGCACAAGAAGAGGGAGAUAUACUACCAAAAGUUGGUCGAGCAGUACCACAAGCUGAUGGGUUACAAAUACUCGAAGAGUGAUGGAUCGAAUCCUCCGGAAACGAUCGAAGAGGAUGCAAAUAGAAAGGUGAUAACGCACUUGGAGAACGAGAUUCACCGGACGUCGGUACAGUGGAUGGAGGCGGAACACAUCCGGAAGAAGUAUCGUGGUAUCAAGCUGUCGCUGAUGAGAGACGCUGAAAAGUUCGAGAGUUCCUUGCUGGAGUUGGAGCAAGCGAUCACGGAACAGCAGGCGGAGAUAACGAAGCUGGAGGCGGUUCACAAGGAAGCGAUGCAAAUGCGGGACAAUACCAAAUCGAUUCUUCAACGCCAGGAGCAGACGACUCAUUACGCGUACAAGGCGCGGGAGAAGCAAGCACUGGACUUUAGGCGACAAGUUGAAGAGCGAAAGCAGGAGUUAGAACGGCUGGAGCGGAAGAUUUUCUCCUCCGGAAAGACACUUAUGCACCAGGAAAGUAUUUUGUCCGCUUCCGGAGAUCAUUCUGGAACCAAGGGCGAGGGCGAUGACUCCAGUGGCCAUGGCAAAGAUUCGGCCUCUUCGAUGGAGCAGAAGUUUAAGAAACUGAUGCAAGCUACAGGGGUCAGCGCGGCCGCCGAAGUCGUCGAGCGCUUCCUGGCUCAGCGGGAGGCAUCCGCGAGGUUGACGUACCUCCGUACGGUCACCGAGAACGAGAAAAAGCAGUUGGAGUCCCAACGUGAGCUAAUGACGACACAAUUGGAUUCUUUUAAAUUUGCGGACGUCAAAGAUAGUGAUGUCAAUCAAGAAGAGCUGGAAAUGCUUCGUAUUUCGAUUGAGGAACAGAGGGCACGUCGCGAAGAGUGUGAGAAAGCGAUUGACUACACGCGAAACGUUUUCAACACAAUUAAAGAUUCGUUGGUAGAACUGUUGCUGAGCCUGAGAGAAAUCGACGAGAACUUGGAUGUCCAAUUUAUCCGCAGGACACCCACAAAGCAGCCAGAUCUAAUGGACAUUUCCGUUGGAGAUAUCUCUGUCGAUGAGCUGGGAAACAUUCUGGAGGAGAAAAUCAAGCUCGGGAUGAUCGCGAGUGGUCAACUGGCCAACGACAUCGACAGCGGGCUGUCCGAGGACGAAAGUGAGGCACCUCUGCGUCCCCCGAGUGCGCUUCAAAUCCCGGCCUCUAGCCCAUCGGCGGGAACGUCCUCCGUGGCGGAUGAUCGCGAAAAACCACCGCCCCUACCGCCGGUUUAUGUUAAUCUGAUUGCCGGCCGGGCCACGGCACAGGUUUCGUCCGCCUCGCCGGGACCGGGCACAACGGUGGUCCUUUCGGACGACGAGGCCGAAGUUCCGUCGCGAAGCUACCUGAAGCGGCAAGCAAACAUGAUAAUCGAAGCCAAGUCGAGACGCAAGGGCUUCCGGGCGCCACCAACCAAGAGGCGUUGAGGGUUUGAUGUGGAAUUGGUUUUUAAAAGCAGUCGUCGAAUAACUGCAUAUAAUUACUAAAGUGAAAUAUUUUAUGAAAUUAUGCUUAUAUGAUAUAAUAAUCCCAAUCACCAAGCAAUCACACAGACAAGUAAAUUUUAAUUAUGUGCAUCAAUAACACAAUCAAAAAAAUAUUGCUAGUUCAAAUCACUGAUAAAUUGAUCCUUUAUAUGCUAUUAAUAUUUUUCUGGUUUGUCUGAUUUCAAUGCUAAUUACAAUGCCUCUGUGUAAGCAAGCUUAGAAGAAAAGAGCACAGAAGCAUCGAUUUACCAAACUUUCAACGUUCAGUUAAAAUUAUUAAUUUGUUUAACAAGUUGAACAACUAUGCGUUUCUUUUUUCAGGCAGCCUAAAACUGGUAAAGCACUCAAUCGCAUUGACACUCAAUAUAAAUUAAGCCCUAAUGACACACAUAAAUAAUUUGAUAAAUAAGGCUU